AUGAAUAUAACCAAAGUGUACAUUUUUAUCCUUAUUUUACUCUUUAACAUUUUAUUUGAACCACAUUUGUGCAAUGCUGUCGUAAAGAGAAGUGAUUCUCAUUUGAUGAAGUUAACCAUUGAUGAAUUAAAUAAAAAGAGGAAAAAGAAGGUCAUAUAUGCGGUUAUAGGUGUAGUGUUGGGAAUUCUUGCCCUAGCCGCAGGUGGAUUGGGAAUGACUUAUAGAAGGAAGAAGCCUUCCAUAUGGGACGAUUUAGGUCUGGAUGCGCAUGGAAUUUUAAAUGUAACAAUUGCACAGGGAAUAUGGAUGGCAAAGAAGAGCAUGACCAAGAAACCUACGCCCAUAGAUAAGUUAUUACCGCAUAUGGAUGAGAUAAGAAAUAUAAUAAAAGAUGAAUUGGGAAAUAGGAAGUUGGAUAUUGAUAAAUAUGAUCCAUUACAAAUUGAAGAUUUUUGCAACUUUUCGAUGUAUUGUAUUAGAGAGUCUAUGUUAUCAUUUGAAAGAAACCUAAGAUUAGGAUCAUGGUGUACGAACGACUAA